AUGGGGGUUUAUAUGGCCCAGAUGCCAAAAUUUUUCAUCCAGAAAGAUGGAAUGAACACUAACUACGACAUACACAGAUGCAACAACCUGGUGUUUGGGGCAGGUACCUCGUUGCAUUGGCCAGCAGGUGAACUAUAUUACGAGGUUUCUCUUAGCGAGAUAUACAAAAUGGUACCACUAUUGAUUCACAAAUUCGAUUUUGGUUUAGUGGACCCGAGUAAAGACUGGACGACUCAUGACUUCUUAUUCAACAAGCAGAGUGGCAUUCGGGUCAAAUUCAAGUAUAUAACUGCCGCCCCACCUCGUCCGUCCCUUUAG